UGGAGAUAGAAAAUUGUGCCAACAUGGCUUCUACUCGAUUGGAAACAAAUUUUAUGCGCUUGCUAAAUCGCUGCGAAGCGAUGGCAGCCGACAGAAACCGUAAUGAUUGGCGCCUUGAAAAGUAUGUUGGUGCUCUUCAAGAGAAACUUACAGAUCUCCGCGGGGCCCCAUGUAAACCUUCACAGGAGACACUCACUGAGUACACACGCAAAGUGGAGCUUUUAAAAGGGCUCAUUGAAGCUGAGAAACUUACUUCUGCAUCGGAUAAGGCCUUUGCUGCAGACCAAUUGCCAUCAAGCAGUCUGUCUGGUGAUGGAUCUCACAGCAAGGAACUUCUACUCCAAACUAAAGCCAAGUACCAUAACCAGAUGAGGGAUGAAUUACUUGGGAGAAUAGAUGAUAAACCCAGUGAAAACGGUGUCCGUCAGAGAAAUGUACCAGACAGCGAGGACCUGGACACAGUAUUAGCUCAUCACAAUCAAAUGCAGGAGAAAAUUGCGGAGGAAAUGUCUCUACUGGCUCGCAAUCUGAAAGCAAAUGUGACAGCUGCUGGGAAAAUAGUACAGGAUGAUAACAAGAGGUUAGCCGAGUCCAACAAGGUAGCUGACAGCAACUACGCCAAAUUAAAAGUGGAGAGUGAACGUUUGGAGGUGCAUACCAAAAAGUCAUGUAACUGGACACUCUGGAUCAUGCUCUCAUUAGUGUGUUUCACUUUCAUAUGGAUGGUGCUGUUUAUUAGGCUCUUCCCAAAGCGAUAAUGUUUGAACGAUCUUCACUAUGCUAGAUACAUGUUGUUUGCUUCAGUGGUUUCUUCAUAAUUGGCAUUUACCUCAAGAUAGUUAUCAUAAAAUGUGCUCUCUUGAAAGGAAUAAUUCCAAAGAGCAUUGUUUGGUUUGGGAGUCCACUCAGAAAGGGGUUGUCCAUAAAUUACGUACCCAUCUAACCACUGAUUUUCAGCCCCCCACCCAUCCCCCUGUAGGCAUUCACAUCAGUAAGUCACAUAUUCUAAAGUGUAUCCUUUAGUGUGUAAUAAGCAACUUUGCCUGGGCUUGGCCAAGCUUGUUAUGAAUUGACCUUAAAAUGGUGGUUAAUGUUGUUUAGGUCAUAUGAGAUAUGACAUGGGCUGAAUGCAAUUUGCUCAAUAGUGUGCUAAAGGAAUAGAUAGGUUGGGGAUGUAAAUGGUCAAUGCAUUUAUCAUCAGUGUUUAUUGUCAUCAUCUAUUUGUAAAUUUAUCUCACAACAUAUUAAGGAGAAUUAAAUUAUUUAU